AGCGGAAGUACCAUGGAGCUCCAUGGAAACGACAGACUCGCGUGCUAGGCUGGUGGAGAGAGAGAGAACAUAUUUAGCGUCAGCUAAGCCUAACUAAAUCUGGAUUUCAGUACAACUGGAUGUACGCUGAUACGCGGUGCCAUUUAUUUACUGCCUCUCUGCCAAGAUGCUUCGCGCGCCCGAUGCGAGAACAAGCUGUUAAUGUUGUCCUUCACCCUGUCCAGGGACAACCAGAUAAGAAAGAUCCAGGAAAACAUCACCAAUGUGGAGAAGCAUUUUGGAGAGAUGUGCCAAUUAUUUGCUGCCUAUGUCCGUAAAACAGCCAGGCUACGAGACAAAGCCGAUCUUCUGGUUCGAGAAAUUGGGUGGUAUGCAGACACAGAAACCCCGAACCUAAAAAUUGGUAUGAAGCAGUUUGCUGACCACCUGGCCAAGGUUCAAGACUACCGCCAUGCUCAGGUGGAAAGACUUGAGGCCAGAGUCAUAGAGCCACUGAAAAGCUAUGGAGCUGUAGUAAAACGUAAAAGGGAUGAUCUAAAGACAACUCAGAGUGCCAGAGAGAGAGAAGCCAAACAGAUGGCUCAGCUUGAGAGGACCAGACAGAGAAACCCUUCAGACAGGCAGAUCAUUUCUCAGGCUGAAAGUGAGCUCCAGAGAGCCACCAUCGAUGCCGCACGGACGACCAGGCAGCUGGAAGAGACCAUAGACGAGUUUGAGAAGCAGAAGAUCCAGGACAUCAAGAAGAUCUUUGGAGAGUUUAUGACAGUGGAGAUGUCAUUCCAUGCCAAGGCAUUGGAGAUAUACACCUUGGCCUACCAGAGCAUUCAAAGUGUGGAUGAGGAGGAGGACCUGGAGGUGUUCAGGAGCUUGCUGCACCCCCCUGACUACCAGUCACGCUUAGACAUAGUGCAAGCUAAUUCCAAAACCUCCCUCGAUCUGACCGGGUCCUUCCCGAGUUCAUCAGGGACCUUACAGCAACAAACAGCUUGCAGUCGGCAGACAAAAAAAGAGAAGGAGAAAGAGGAUGAAGAUGAAGAUGACUCUGAAGAGGAGGAGGAUGAUGAGGAUGAAGAGGACACAGAUGAUGGAAAUUAAAUUCUUUUAAAUCGACUUAUUUAGUGUUUUUGUGUAUGGAAAGAAAAGGUGUAAUAUCUGUAAAGGAAAAGCUGUCAUUGCCAAAAUCACCUUACACACAGGUGGUCUGAGAAGUAUUGUAGUGAUGCUGUGCUGUAGUGUUGUGGUGCUUUGUAAGAGAACAUGUUGUUCUUUACUACCGUUUGUCUUUGAAAUUGCAGCCAAUUUUUGUCUUAGCCACAUUUUUAUAUCUCACACAAUACCAAAAUGUGCAUUAUAUGGUCACUUGUAUGCAUUUUUAAAAAAUCUAUUUUU